AUGCCUAAUCUCAAGAUGGCAUCGGAUGAACUGCUCUCCGCUCCAUCUUCGCACCAGCAAUCCCAUGAUGCGACAGCAAGGAUGGAGGAGCUCGUAGGGGAGCAAGAUCUAGCGAACUCUAAGGCGCUUAUGUCCGAUGAUGAUGAGAAUGACCAGCAAUUUGAAAUUAGGAGUCGAACCCCUAUCUGGGACCUGGAUACAAUUUGA